AUAUAGGAAUGGUUUAUUCAUUUAAGAAGUAUAAUCUCCCAUUAGAACAGAAGGAUCUUCGUGCUUUGAGACCAAUUAAUUCCACAAUUCUACACAUAUAUUACUUGUACACAAACAAUAAUCCCGCGAAUCAACUCUCAGAAACAAAGCACGAUCCAUGUAAAAUAGAAAAUUACAACAGAUAUUCAUACUGGAAGGCUAAACCUCUUACAAUUCAUUACCAACGAUCAGUCAGUGCGCUUCAGAUUUGCAGAAGAAACCAAAUGCCUCCAGAGAUAUUUGUCGCUCCUAGCCGAUCGACGAUGUAGGCCUACCACGGGCCCUGCUCUGUGUCCAGAUGCUGAUCGAAGAUGCGAGCCCACCGCUGGCUGUUCUGGUCGAAGAUGAAAGUCGUCGCCGGUUACUCUGUUGCAUCGUCGUGCUCCGUUCGCAUCUCAAAUUCUGAUUCCGGUCGAAGUUCUCCAGCCCUGGUCCUAGAUUUCGUCACAAUCCGUCUUCCGCAGUUCCCCUCUGCCCGAUCUCCCUUCCUCUAUAAGAUUAAAAUUUCUGGAUAUUUGAACCUUUUGUUUAACCAUUGGCCCUUGCAAAGCUUGUCCGUGAAGUCUGAGAUUGUUCGUCGGGUCAGGAUGCUAGAUGCCGAGGUGGACGAUCUCCACACCCAACUCAUGCAGUCACGCCGGUCGAGAGAGGACCUAGAGAAGCAACAUGAGGCCGACAAGCUGAAUUACAUCAACGCCGUGGACGGGCUGAACGAUCGGCUAAAGAAGACACAGCAAGACCUAUUUGAAGUGAAAGAGAUACUCCCUAGUGAGCUGGAGGCUGCCAAGUCCCAAGUCGCGGUCAAGUUUACUGCUUCCUUUGCCUUCCAAGAAAAAGAUCUCGUUAUCAUGCCCGCUCUCCUCUCCGCGGGAUCGGCAACACCCGAGGGGCGCCAUUUCUUAAAUUAUGAGGGAGAUACUUACUUUAAUUCUCGGCUUCUCGCCAUGCAGCAUUUUUUGUACUGGAAAGCCUAGCAGGUCGAUCCUGAAUUUACCCCCUCCAAGCUUGGUUUCCCUCCCUAUUACUAAAAGUCCACCGACCUAGCUGAUUUCGACUUUUCUAUUUUGGACAACGAGGUUACCUCUAAAGAGGUGGCGUAGUUAGAGGCGGCCAAGCCAGGCGAUGAGGUCGGGCAUGGUAGUGUAUCCGAACGGCAUGGGGAAGUCGUGCAUGCCUAGGACAUCGACCGUCUCAGGGCUAUUGGA